AUGGCUGAAAAAUCCUCAUUCUUAUUAUUCCUAACCCUAAUGCUAUAUGACAUUAGGGUUUUGAAGGGUGUGAAGGAAGAGAAGAUGGUGUUUUACGCCCACGAGAUAUUUAGAGGAGAGAAUGCUACAGUUGCCACAGUUGCAGAGGUUAAUGGAGUGUCUUCAAAUCUGACAGCCUUUGGAACAGUAAACGUGAUAACCCACUUUGUGACAGAGGGUCCUCAGCCUUCAUCCACACUACUCGGGAAAUUCCAAGGAAUGGAGGCCAGCACUAAUAUUAGCGGUGCCAAUUUUCAUAUGAACUUCUCUGUUGUGUUUGACAAGGAGAAAUACAAUGGCAGCUCACUUACAAUCCAUGGGACGAUAAGAUUUGCAGAGACCCACAAAGAGCUUUCUGUUGUUGGAGGAACAAGAUCGUUCAAAUAUGCUCAUGGGUAUGCUGUCGUUCAAGUCCUACAAACUUCUCGAGCGAGUGCUGAUUACAAGUUUAAUGUCAAUUUUCAACUGUACUAA